AUGUUAUCCGUAAACGAACAUAAAAAAAUUAAAUGGCAACUUGAUAAUAUACCAGAAUCGAUUAAAGGAAAACCACGUCAAAAUCUUCGUACUACAUUGAAAAAGAAACUUCAUGAACAUGAACUUAUAUCUCGUUUUGCACCAUUUGAACCAUAUCUUUAUCAACAAUUUUUCAUCAAUCGUAACACCAAUGCACAAACAUUACAUAAUAUUAUCGAAGCUGUAAAAAAUGCAACAUCAUUUACUUUGGAUACAGAAUCGGUUUGCGUUUAUAAAAAACCAAAUAAACCAGCCCUUAUUCAAUUACAAAUAAUACAAGAAAAUUUAUUUUCAUAUAUUAUACUUAUAGAAGUUUGUCAUUUACCACAUCCAGAUGAACACACCUUUAAAUUAAUUCAACGGCUAUUUGAGUAUUUAUUCGAAUCCAGUAAAAAUAUCUAUAUCUGGGGAUCUAUUAAUGAAUUAGAAAAAUUCUCAAAAUUUAAUUUAUUUUCAUUAGAUCAAAUCUACUUGUCGAAUAAUAUUAAUUUACAAAAUCGAUUUAAAAAUUAUUGGCAUGAACAUCAUCCUCAUCAAUCAACAUUAUUAUCAACUAACAAUGAUAUAUCAUGCAUAUGUGAACAGUGCCUUGAUAUUCAAUUGAAUAACCCUUGGUCACUCCAAGAUGCGGUAGCGUAUCAACUCCAUAAAUGGUUGGAUAAACGUUAUACUUGCUCAACAUUCGAUAUUGGUCUUGACUCCACCUUGUUUCAUCGAAAUUCAAAUGAACUUGAACAUCGAAAUGUUAUGAUCAAUUAUGCCGUCAAUGAUUGCUUAUCUAUGCAUCAAUUACUAAUCGACAUGCAAAUAAUUGAUAAUGAACAACAAGCAAUUGAAUUAUUUCAACAACCUGAAUUAAUUACAUCAAUUGAUCACGAUUCAUCAUUUCAAAUUGUUGCAGCAACAUCAUCAACAAAUAUUCCAUCUCUACAACAAUAUACACGAGCACCAUAUGAUAAUAUAUUAUUUGAUGAUGAUCAAGAGCAACGAACAUCACCACAACAACGAACAAUAUUGUUAAAUGAACGUCAACGUGAAUUAUCGAAUGAACUUCAACGUGAAUUAUCGAAUGAACGACAAUGGGAAUUAUCUAAUACAACAACAACACUCGAACAAAUAUCUGAUGAUGAUAAUGAACUCGAACAAAUAUCUGAUGAUGAAAACAUUCCACAAACACCACAAAUCAAUUUAUCACAUACAAUACACUCGAGUAAUAAUCCAACAAAUUUGGCACCAUUAACUAUCGAUGAAAAACGAAAAAUACACAAUAGAAGUUGUACUUUGAAACAACGGAAAAAAUUAUACCGACAUGAAUUCAUCAGACGUGGUAUAGAUAAUCGAUUUUCUAUCUCACAGAUCAAACAAAUUCUUCGAGCACAUAAAAUAAACUUUCUUGCCAUAAAUAAAGCAACAUCAUCGACUACAAAUCGUACUUCAUUAUACAUUGGAAUAGAAAAUCGAACAUUAUUGUCACAAGCUGAACAUGCAACACGACAUUUAUUCACAACAGCACACUAUAAUGAAUUUCGAUAUCAACAACGUGAAUUACAUUCGAAUAAUUAUCGUCAUCAUCACCGCAGUCACAAAUAA